AUGGCGGUGAUGCGAGGGAGCGCGGCGGAGGGCGGGCACGCGUCCAAGCUCAAUACGGUGCUCUACCACUUUUAUGCUAAGACGGUGGCGGUCGCGGCAGAGAGCCGCACGGCCACGUCGUCAAGCGCCGCGCGGAGCAACAAAUGGUUCUCGCUCAGCAUGGCGGAUAUCGACCCCUAUCGCGAGUCGCUGCGGCCGUGGCGCAUGAUGAGCGAGGCGCCGAUACCGAUGGUCGUAGACGUCCGCCUGCACACGUCGCGCCUCGCGCCCGACCAGGUCGUCGUUGGCUGCGCGCCUGGCGCCGCAGGCACACGCACCGUGGAACUGGGCGGCGGCGCCACGCCGCCGAUCCUCCUCGAGCGCUGGACGAUCGCGAUGCAGUACGUAUUGAUGCUCACCAGACCCGACCGCCACGACGUGCGCCUCCCCGCCGUGUACAAGCGGGCGAUUGUGCACUUUCGCGCACUGUACGCACUGGCGCGCGCGCUGCCUGCGUACGCCUUGUGCCGCAAGAUCCAAAAGGGCGAGGUCGACUGCCUGAACAUUGAGAUCGCCGUCCACUCGAACGCGUCCCUCGAUGACCUCGGCGAGGCCAAGUCGUGGGCGCUCGAAGGCGUCGCCACGCCGAACGGCACGCUGGCCUGCCAUGUGCACUACAAAGCCUGCAGCGAGCUGCGCGUCGAGACGCGGGGGAACGCCGCGGCGUGCAAGGACGUAACGCUGCCCACGCCGCCGAGCGCGUCGACCCGCGCACGCUCGCGCACGCUCGGCACGAGUCCGUCCCGCGUGACGGAGCCUGCGUUUGCCGCGCCGUCGCGGCAGCGUGGCGAGGCGCGUGCGUCGCUGCGCAUCCCAAGUGAGUCGGCCAUCGGCUCUCCGUCGCCGCUCAUGCGCUGCAUGUGGUCGGCGAAAGAAGGCACCAGUCCGCAGAACCAGCCGCUUCGCCGGCGCCUCUCGAUCUCGACCGAGCAGGCGUCGCCCGAAGGGCUCCGCUCGCUCUUUCAGACCUACACGGCGCCACGCGCGCAGCUCGGCAUGUCGCCGAGCUCGCUGUGGUCGCUGCGCACGCCGCCCCAAGGCGGCUUUGAUCUGUACAUGCGGCGGCGUGCCGAGGCCUCGCCCUCGAGCUCGCUGCAAGGCAUCAGCGAAGGCGCGUCCGGCGCCGCGCAGCCGCAGCGCAUCCAGCGGUACGCGCGGCAGCCGUCCUACCGCCAGCGCGAGUACUCGCGCUCGCUCGGCGGCGCGGGCGACGACACGCCCGGCUCGGCGCGCAGCUGGUCGCAGCGCCUCGAGCACCGGCGCAUGAUGGAGCGCGGCGCCGCGCGCGAGAGUGUCGGCUCGCUCCCCCGCUCGCAGCUCAGCGCGAGUCCCGGGGCGUCGCGGCUCUUUACGCACACCGCGCCGAGCCACAAUGCCGCGUUUGCCCUGACCAAGCCCCGCGCGCCGGCUGCCAACGACGAUUUGAUGGAGCUGGUCCAGAUGCUCGAUGCGCCGCCCGCGCUGCACGAGCUGCCCGAGCGGCGGUCGCUGGGCCGGUCGCCCUCCUCGAUGCCCCUCACCCCGCGCAGUUCCCUUGGAGCGCCGGCCGAAAAAGGCGACAUUGACGACGUGCUGGCGAAGCUGGCCGCGUCGGUGAAGCUCAAUGCGAUGGACGAGGCGUUCGGCGGGCGCCCCGAGCCCCCCCGCACGCUCCCCCGCCCGAUCCGCAUCCAGUCACGCCCACCGAUGGAUACGCAUCUCGACCAGGACACGGGCCCGCUUGACCUGGCCUUUGAGGCGAGCGACGUGCCGCUGUACGAUGCGCGCGGUGGAAAAUAUAUGUAA